CAGCACCCUUCACUCAUUGUCCCAUUGAACCAGUCCUUCCCCCACAUCCCCUCGGGCCCUUCAAAGAACGCUACCGCUGGCCCCCAUAUCUCCAGCAUUCUCAACUUCGACAUUCCGGCCUCUGCAGUGAACAAGACAUGCGCCUUCUGGUUCUUCUUCCCGAACGAGACACAGAUCGAUCCAUCCUCAUUCGUAUACUCGGGCGAAGAGGAGCACUUGUUCAGGUUCUUCAUGCUGGAAGAACCGGCGAUGGCAAAUACUUCACUCGGCAAUGCACCGUACGUGAAGUACAGGUUGGCCGAGAAGGUGCUGAUUCCGGGCGAUGACCAGAUGGUCGAAGCCAUAGAUUGUCCUGCUGGAGAAACCAUGGGCAUCUUGUGGGAGGGGGUGUCCGAUUCGUACCUCAGCUACACUGAGAAUUACGCACCGUGUCCUAUCGGUCUCUUCAUCGAUAUCGGCUAG